GAUCCGCGUCUGGUCUCUUCAUUUGACUCCUCGAUCAUUGAGAGGUUCUUCCCAUCAGAAUCCAAAUCAGUCCGACAUCACUCAGGGACCGACGCUAUCUGCCUGAAUUCCGAUCGACAUGGUUGCAACUAAAGAGGCGGCAGUAUCGCCCAACCCGCUCCCGGCCAACGACCAGGAAAACAUCACCGCGUCGAAGAUGACAACGCAACGGAGGCGGAUCUCGCAAGGUAAGAGGCCUCUCUGGCCCGGCGAACGAGAACAAACAAGGACUGAAGACACUGGCGGCAGCAUCCACACGUCUUCGAGCGUCUCGUUGAGUGAGAGCAUCACCAAGUAUCGGCGGAUCCACGGUCGCACUUAUACCUAGAAGACCGACUACU